AUGCUGGCCCUAAGAAGAAGCCGCUUCCUCAGAGGAGCCAAGUGUUGUGAAUGCAGUGCCUCCCUCUCACACCAGUACUACGAGAAGGAUGGGCAGCUCUUCUGCAAGAGGGACUACUGGGCCCGCUAUGGAGAGUCCUGCCACGGAUGCUCGGAGCACAUCACCAAGGGGCUGGUCAUGGUGGCUGGGGAGCUGAAAUACCACCCCGAGUGCUUCAUCUGCCUCACGUGCGGGACCUUCAUCGGUGACGGGGACACCUACACACUGGUGGAGCACUCCAAGCUGUACUGUGGACACUGCUACUACCAGACCGUGGUGACCCCUGUCAUCGAGCAGAUCCUGCCUGACUCCCCCGGCUCCCGCCUGCCCCACACAGUUACCUUAGUAUCCAUCCCAGCCUCAGCUCAUGGCAAACGUGGCCUCUCAGUCUCCAUCGACCCCCCACAUGGCCCACCAGGCUGCAGCACAGAGCACUCCCACACCGUCCGCGUCCAGGGGGUGGACCCAGGCUGUAUGAGCCCAGAUGUGAAGAAUUCCAUCCAUGUCGGAGACCGGAUCCUGGAAAUCAAUGGAACGCCCAUCCGGAAUGUGCCCCUGGAUGAGAUUGACCUGUUGAUCCAGGAGACCAGCCGCCUGCUCCAGCUAACUCUUGAGCACGACCCCCAUGACACGCUGGGCCAUGGGCCGGGGCCUGAGCCCAGCCCCCUGGGCUCCCCAACUCAUACUCCCAGUGGGGAACUGGGCAGCUCUCCCCGGCAGAAGCCUGUCUUGAGGAGCUACAGCAUCGACAGGUCUCCGGGUGCCGGCUCACUGGGCUCCCCAGCCUCCCAGCGCAAGGACCUGGGGCGUUCCGAAUCCCUGCGCGUGGUCUGCCGACCACACCGCAUCUUCCGGCCAUCGGACCUCAUCCAUGGGGAGGUGUUGGGCAAGGGCUGCUUUGGCCAGGCCAUCAAGGUGACGCACCGGGAGACGGGCGAGGUGAUGGUGAUGAAGGAGCUGAUCCGGUUUGACGAAGAGACCCAGAGGACGUUCCUCAAGGAGGUGAAGGUCAUGAGAUGCCUGGAGCACCCCAAUGUGCUCAAGUUCAUCGGGGUGCUCUAUAAGGACAAGAGGCUCAACUUCAUCACGGAGUACAUCAAGGGGGGCACCCUCCGGGGCAUCAUCAAGAGCAUGGACAGCCAGUACCCAUGGAGUCAGAGGGUGAGCUUUGCCAAGGACAUCGCUUCAGGGAUGGCCUACCUUCACUCCAUGAACAUCAUCCACCGGGACCUCAACUCCCACAACUGCCUGGUCCGAGAGAACAAGAACGUGGUGGUGGCCGACUUCGGGCUGGCCCGGCUCAUGGUGGAAGAGAAGACACAGCCCGAAGACCUGCGAAGCCUCAAGAAGCCGGACCGCAAAAAGCGAUACACGGUGGUGGGCAACCCCUACUGGAUGGCGCCCGAGAUGAUCAAUGGCCGCAGCUAUGACGAGAAGGUGGAUGUGUUCUCCUUUGGAAUCGUCCUGUGCGAGAUCAUUGGGCGGGUGAAUGCGGACCCCGACUACCUGCCCCGCACCAUGGACUUUGGCCUCAAUGUGCGAGGCUUCCUGGACCGUUACUGCCCCCCAAACUGUCCACCGAGCUUUUUCCCCAUCACCGUGCACUGCUGUGAUCUGGACCCUGAGAAGAGGCCCUCCUUCGUGAAGCUGGAGCAGUGGCUGGAGACCCUCCGCAUGCACUUGGCCGGCCACCUGCCACUGGGCCCGCAGCUAGAGCAGCUGGAGAGGGGCUUCUGGGAGACCUACCGGCGCGGCGAGAGCGGACUGCCUGCCCACCCCGAGGUCCCCGACUGAGCCCCGGCCGCCCCCGUCCCCACCGCUGGCACCGCACUCCUCUGCAGGUCGUGGCCGGCUGUGGAGCGCUCGGCCAGGCGGCAGGCGCCCAGACUCCUCCCCCAGUGCCAGGCCCCGACUGGCCGCCUCCCUCCCGGGGCUGUGGCCCCUGCC